AACACGAUGACGUAACUUCCUCUUUGCCACGGCGGUGGCGGGAGAUUCCAGCAUGGCGGUGCAGCCGAAACAGAAUCUGUCCAUGGACAGUGCAGUUGAAAGUGGGUUUUUAAACUUUAUUUUCUCCAUGCCGGAUAAACCAGACACCACUUUCAGAAUUUUCGACCGCAACGACUACUACACCGUUCACGGCAAAGACGCCAUAUUCGCGGCGAAGGAAGUUUUCAAGACCAACGGCGUCAUCAAGUAUUUGGGAUCAGGGAGUCGCAAGCUGGAAAGUGUUGUUUUGAGCAAGCUGAACUUUGACGCCUUUGUCAAAGACUUGCUGCUGGUUCGACAGUAUAGAGUAGAGCUCUACAGGAACCACAGCAAAAACAGCAAAGAGCAUGACUGGAGGAUUGAAUACAAGGCCUCUCCAGGAAACCUGAUCCAGUUUGAGGAGAUCCUGUUUGGUGGAGGAGCUGGAGCAGAGGGCUGCGCAGGAGUUGUAGCUGUUCGCUGUGCUUCAGCAGCCGAUGGACAGCGUGUUGUCGGCGUAGGAUAUGUGGAUGCAGCUCAAAGAAAUAUGGGAGUGUGUGAGUUUCCCGACAAUGAGAUAUUCUCCAACCUGGAGUCUCUGCUCGUUCAACUUGGCCCCAAAGAAUGUUUGUUAACCCAAGGUGAAGGAAGCGCUGAUAGUAAACUACGACAGGUGGUAGAACGUGGUGGCAUGCUGGUCUCUGACAGAAAGAGAGCAGAUUUUAGCAGCAAGGAUAUAGUGCAGGAUCUGAACAGGCUGCUUAGAGCCAAGAGAGGAGAGGCAGCAGCCAGCAACUCACUGCCAGAGCUGGACAAACAGGUGGCCAUGUCAUGCCUGGCUGCAGUGGUUCGUUUCCUUGAGCUGCUCUCUGACGAGUCAAACUUUAAUUCCUUUAGUCUGACCACACUAGACCUGGGUCAGUUCAUGAGACUGGAUAAUGCCGCAGUGAGGGCUCUUAACCUUUUCCAGGCUUCACCCGACGAUGCCAGCAGAGCACAUUCUUUAGCUGGUCUAUUGAACAAGUGCCGCACGCCCCAGGGUCAGCGGCUGGUCAACCAGUGGAUCAAGCAACCUCUCAUGGACAAAACCAAGAUUGAAGAGAGGCUGGACCUGGUGGAGAGCUUUGUAUGUGACUCUGAACUCAGACACACAUGUCAGGAGGAUCUGCUGCGGCGGUUUCCAGACCUUCACCGCUUGGCAAAGAAGUUCCACCGUCACAGUGCCACACUACAGGACUGCUACCGUGUCUACCAGGCCGUAAACCAGAUCCCUGCACUGAUCACAGCUUUAGAGAGAUACUCAGGCAACUUCCAGGUCCUGUUGGAAGCCGUGUUCGUUUCUCCCCUCAGAGACCUGCAGAAUGAUUUCACCAAGUAUCAGGAGAUGAUUGAAACCACUCUGGAUAUGAACCAGGUUGACCACCACGAGUUCCUGGUGAAGGCGUCAUUUGACGCAGUGUUAACUGAACUGAGAGAGAAGAUGGACGAAUUGGAUGAGAGCAUGCAGGCUGUGUUGAGCAGUGCAGCCAGAGAACUCGGUUUGGAGGCUGGUAAGACGGUGAAGCUGGAGUCGAACGCCAUGCUGGGUUUUUAUCUGAGGGUCACCUGCAAAGCGGAGAAGGGCCUGAGGAACAACAAGAAAUUUACCAUGCUGGACGUCCAGAAGAAUGGUGUGCGAUUCACAAACAGCAAACUGAGCUCUCUGAAUGAGGAGUACACCAAGAGCAGGGAGGAGUAUGAGGAGGCCCAGAAUGCAAUCGUGAAAGAGAUAAUCAACAUCGCCUCAGGUUACGUGGACCCCCUGCAGACGCUGAGCGAUGUGAUAGCACAACUGGACGCAGUGGCCAGUUUUGCCGUGGCAUCUGUCUCGGCUCCCGUUCCAUAUGUUCGACCUCAGAUCCUAGAUGAUGGCAGCCGCCGCUUAGAGCUGCUGCAGGCCAGGCAUCCCUGCAUGGAGAACGAUCCAGAUACCAGCUUCAUACCCAACGACAUCAGCUUUGUCCAGGGAAAGAAGAACUUCUACAUCAUUACAGGUCCAAAUAUGGGUGGUAAGUCGACUUUCAUCCGCCAGGUGGGUGUGGUCGCUCUGAUGGCUCAGAUCGGCUGUUUUGUACCAUGUGAAAAGGCAGAGCUAAGUGUGUUCGACAGCAUCCUGGCCAGAGUGGGGGCUGGAGACAGCCAGUUGAAGGGGGUGUCCACCUUCAUGGCUGAGAUGUUGGAAAUUGCUGCCAUUCUACGCUCAGCCACAGAGAAAUCGCUGGUCAUAAUCGAUGAGCUGGGCAGGGGCACGUCCACCUACGAUGGCUUUGGACUGGCCUGGGCCAUUAGUGAACACAUAGCAUCCAAGAUCAGCAGCUUCUGUAUGUUUGCCACGCACUUCCAUGAGUUGACGGCACUUGCUGCACAACAAUCCAGUGUCCACAACCUUCACGUGACAGCCCUGACAUCCCAUGACACACUCACCAUGCUGUACAGAGUCAGAGCAGGUGUGUGUGAUCAGAGUUUUGGUAUCCACGUUGCCGAAAUGGCAAAUUUCCCUCCCUGGGUGGUUGCUGUUGCGAAAGAGAAGGCGGAAGAACUGGAGGAGUUUCAGGAGCCCACGGCGGUGGUGUCUUCGGAGGAUGAAAAGCCUGUGGCCAAAAGACGGCUCACAGACAAACAAGUGGGAGAAAACCUGAUCCAGGACUUCCUGGAAAAGGCCAAGUCGGUUCCAGCUGCCAGCAUGUCUGAGGAGGAGGUGAAGGAGGAGCUAAGGAGAAUGAAGGAGGAGCUGGUUUCCAAAAACAACUCGUACGUAGCAGAGAUCCUGGCACGCUGUCUUCCUGUGAAAUCAGCCUGAUCCCUUUCUCUGUAAAUGACUUAUGUGCUGUGCAGUUGUUCAAUAAACAUUAACAUGUGGAUGUUUUUCACUGUCACAGCUUUAAUAUAGGCAUUGUUUUGUCGACAGCUUUGCUGUGGGGUGAAAUUUGGCCCAUGGGCAUUGGUUUUUACAUGCUCCAGACCAGAAUUGAGCGAACUAAGGCCCACCCCGUUUCAGACUGUUGGUAUUGGAACUUGUUGCAGAGCUUUUUCUGCUCUUACUUUACAGUUAAGUCGUCUGCACCUGUCAUAAAGUUGCCCUGGUGUUUAUGUCUAACCUUGAUUAAGUUAGUUAUUUUCUGUUGCUUUACAUAAGUAGUUCAUCUUAAUGUGUUUCUGCUGGUUAGAAUAUUAAGUGUUGAUUACCAGUGGACAAAUGAACAGUGUUGCAUAAAACAUGUAUGGACAAAAUAAGUAAUCCUAAAAAUGCAAUUCAGCAAACUGAUCAGGAUCCAGAGGAUCAUUUUUACCUCACCACAUCACAUUCAAUUGGUGAUACACUGGAGAACCUGUAAUUUUUCAUGUAAAAUAUGUAAUCUACUGCCAUAGGGAAUCUGUGCAAGUACCUGAAUACCAGUCAAUACGCAGGGACCAAAGCACUUCAUUUCAUCAUUCAAAUAAACCACAAUUUUAACUCAGAAAAAAACACCAUCUCUUGUCCCGCUGCAAGCCCUGUAAAACUCUUCGGUUUGGAAGUACGAAAUAGAAACCAAAGUUGAUCUAAUAAAGUUUUAUUUUCUUAGAAA